AUGGCUAGUAAAAGGCUCAGUGAAAAAUUACCGCAACCAGGAGAAUUCAUUAUCACUAAAAAAGCGGAGUACGAGGUUUCUAGUCAACCAUUUUUAUCAUUAAUUUAUUAUUCAUUAAAAACUGUUACUACUCUUUAUUCGUGUUUCAAACUCAAUAAAACAUCGAUAAAAUUAUUGGGCAAAGGUGGCUUUGGAGCAGUGUAUGAAGUAAAGCGAUUAUCAGAUUCUGCAUCUUUUGCAAUGAAAUGUGAAUUGAUGGAUGUUAGAAAACGAGUAUUACUAAUGGAUUGCACGGUUUUACGUGGUGCACAAUCACUCGGAAGCAAGCACUUUUGUGACAUAAUCGAUCGUGGAAAGAGACCUGAACGUUUCAGAUUCAUCAUCAUGAAAUUAGUCGGUCGAAAUUUGUGGGAUUUGAGAAUUGAGCGACCUGAACAGCGUUUCACAUUAAAUACGGCAUUGAAAGCAUCAGAACAAUGCUUGGAAUCCAUUGAGCAUUUGCAUACCGUGGGAUUUUUACAUCGAGAUAUAAAACCAGGAAAUUUUGCUAUCGGACGGCCAGAAGCCAAUGAACAUCACAUCAUUUUCAUGCUUGAUUUUGGGUUGUGCAGACAAUUCAGUUCAGGUAACAAGGAUUUACGACUACCUCGAGCAUCAGCUCCUUUCCGCGGAACUACCAGAUAUGCAUCUAUCGCUGCCUUACGACAAAUGGAGCAAUCUCGAAAAGAUGAUGUAGAAUCAUGGCUUUACAUAACUGUCGAAUGGACUGCUGGCUCUUUACCAUGGAAGAAGUUAAAGGGUCCAGAUAAGGAAGAAGUUUUACAGUGGAAGGAGGAAGUACGUGAAGGUGAUGCAAUGGAUGAUUUUUUCAAACAAUGUCCCAAACGUGAAUUCUCGACGAUAAUGAAGUAUAUUGAUUCUCUGGAAUAUGAAAGUAUACCAGACUAUGAUCAUAUAUAUUACUGCAUACAACAUGCCGCUAAAGUACUUCCAUUCUUCAUUCUUUUAAAAAUUUCUCCGGAUGACCCAUUGGAUUGGGACCCCGGAAAUAAGUACCACGGACCCACAAUAAAUCUCAAUCACAGGGAAAACAAGCAUACUAGAACUAGACAUCUAAUUACAGCUAGAACGCAACGAUCUGGCUAA